GUUCUUCACAGAUCAAAGAGAGAUAGGUGAUGUGCCUUCUGUGAACGUCAGUGUUCUCCAAGAGUCUGUUGGUCCCGAGGCAGUGAGGCGCAACGUUGAGCUGACUCCUCUUCAUCACAUGACUGACAACUCAUCUGAGCACUGCUGGGACACUGCAAAUAACGGGAGUAGGUUGGAGGUUUCUCACCCUGAUCUUCCAUCUGAGGACUCCAUGCUUGUUCAUCAUUCUGGAUUCCAGGGGCAGACUCAGUUCUCUGUGAUAAGGACUCAGUCUAUGCUGGACAGUCAGGACUUUGAGGAGAUGAGGAUGACCAGUCGAGCGCAAAACCUGCUAAAUGCUCUUCAAAGGCAGAGCAGCAGCAGCAGCGACGCCAUGUUCAGCUUGCUGACGCUGUGUGAGGGGAGCAACCGCUCACAGGCCGCCGCAACCUUCUUCUGCCUCCUGGUGCUGAAGAAACAGCAGGCUCUCUGCCUGCACCAGAACGGGCCUUACACCGACGUCACUGUGACAGCUGGACCCUGCUUCCACCUGUCAUAGAGCAGGAGCAGUCUCGAUAAUACGACAUGAUGAUUUAGGACGACUCAAUGCUGGUGUGUCUUAUCAGCAGUUUGACUUUACAAGCCUUGUGAUGAAUUCUGCACCAUCAUCUGUAGUGGACAUUUGGAUAGACAACGCUGAUGGAAAGAUAUACAUAUCCUUUUUACGAAGGUGACCAAAUUGGGAUUGUAGGUCACUCAGGCAUUUAUGAAAUGGUUAAAUCGCCUUUACUAUUCACAAAGGUAUUAGCUUCCUUGUAUUCCUUCCCACAUGGCAGUUUGCUUGACGUUGGGCUAAUGAAAUGUUUAGUUCUGCAUUUCAGUUCUGCAGUUUCAUACACUUAAUAACGGAGUCAAGUUUGUUUGUCUUGUUCAUUGUCAACUUUGAAUGGCAGCCCUUUUUAAUAGUGUUAAAUCCAUAUACAUUUAAUCACUAAAUGUAUACAAUUGUUCAGAUAUUUAUACCUAUUCAUAUAUUUACUAAAUUAUAUAAUUCUAACUCUAUAUUAUAUUACCCUAACCCCAUGUUAUUCAGCCUUAACUUUAAGCCAAAUAUGUUAUUAAAGUCCAGAUUUAAUGUGGAUGUUCAUUUGACUACACCAACCACUUUACUUAUCGUAGUCAACAUCUUGAUGAUAGUGAGAGUAAGUGACGCAUUUGCCCAAUAAAUGUUGGCGAAAAUAACCGUAAACCGUCAAAAGCGUCAUUGUCUAGUAGGCCACUGUUUCUUUAAGACGAUGCGGUAUACGCAAUUGACUAAGCUUAGGAAUGGGCUCUCAUCAGCAGCACCUUAUGAUCAGCAUCGGAAUCCAUUUACAUGCUACUGGUGACGUUUUUGCACCCAUCCACAGGUCCAGCGAGGACACAUUGCACACCACGAUGUAGGACUGUUCAUUGAUCUGGCGAAAAUGGUAAAUUCUCAGACUCGUGCUUUUGUCAGGAAUCUUUCGUUUCGGGUAUGCCUGCAUCCAGGAUAAAAUCAGGCGAUACCCCUACAGAAUCCUCUAAGGCAUCCAUCUAGCCAGUAGCCACGGCAGCAGAUGUAGAGGUGGGCCACACCAUGUCUCUCACUCCUAGUCGAAAGCCCUCUGCUGGUCAGCGCAGGCGGUCGGUGGGCACCAGUGGAGGAAGUGGGCGCUACUCCCACAGUGAUGCCUCCAAUACCAAUACCUACCCCUUGUCUGGCAGGGGCAGUGAAGGCAGCCCUACAGCACGGACAUACCCUGGCACACCCAGGCGCCAGGCGAAACACACCACAUGCAGUGACAACCAUGGGAUUCGGCCGCCCACUCCAGAGCAGUACCUCACACCCCUACAGCAGAAGGAGGUCUGUAUUCGACACCUGCGUGCUAGACUGAGGGAGAAUGUGGACAGGCUUCAGCACAGGGACUGUGAGAUUGGUGAACUAAGGACCCAGCUGUGUAGAAUGCAGGAGGACUGGAUCGAGGAGGAGUGUCACCGUGUGGAGGCCCAGCUGGCCCUGAAAGAUGCCCGCAGGGAGAUCCAGCACCUCCAGGAGGUUGUCGAGUCAGUUAGAACUAACCUCGCCACCCGAGAACAAGACCCCCAUGACCAUAAGCCAUACCUAAGGCCACAGGGACCCUGGUCUGGGAAGUCCAGAUCCUGUGGCUGCUCUCCAGCCAGCACACUGAGCCGCAGCACCACUUACACCCGAAUGAGCAGUGAAGGGCUAGCUCUGCAGCUAGACCGUGAGGGAAAUGCCCCCGACCUCUGUGGAGUGCCACGUGCUGAUGUGCGAACCCACCUGCUGUUGGAGGCUGCCCUGCUGUCAGAGCAGGCCACACCAGUCCAUGCUCGUGGGCCCCCCACUGCUAGCGUACCACGCUCCUCCACCUACGAGAGGCUGUGUAGUGGGGGGGCUGUACUGCCCGUCUCCCACUCAUGCCAGUCACUCAGUAGCAGCUGCAGGUGCACUGGGCACACGUACCUCCCACACCACCACCUGUUCUUGCACUUGCCCCAGGAGGAGGCCCCACCAGCACCCGUAGCUCCAGCUGCUGUCCCUGUUCCUGUUCCUGUGGCAGAGAGCAAGCCAGAGGUCAGAUCCCAAGCCUGUAGCCCCACCAUCACUUGGCUUUCUGAGGAAGGAGGGGGCGAUGAGCUGAGUAUCAUCUCUCUAGCAACAGCAAAUGUCACCCCCUCUGAGACACAGCCAUUCCCUCCCUCCUUGUCUUCCUCGCCCCCCCCCCAGCUGGCCUAUAGCAUAGAGCCACUGCCUCCAGAUAGACCCGUGGAGAUCACAGUGUUGCCGACCAUGGCCCAGACCUGCCAGCCCUCUCCUGGGGUCCACCAGGCAGCAACCGUGGUGGAAGUGGAGGCAGAGGCUGAAGCAGAAAGUGAAAAUAAUGUGGAAGGAGAAGAAGGUCCUCCGCAGCGGAGCCACUGGAGCAGAUACUUCCUGGUGGAUUUGUUCGCUCUGGCCAUGCCAGUGGUACCAACAGUGGCCUGGCUGUGCCGUGGGGCACCACGGGAGGUUCUGCCUGUGUACCACAUUGGCUCUCUGCUAAGGGGCUGCUGUGCUGUAGCGCUCCACUCCUUACGUCGAAGGGGCGCUGGCAGAGGUCGUGGGCCUACCACCAUGAAUGGUGCAACCUCUAUCUGAGUACCGCUUCACCUUAGAUCUCUUUCAGUUGCCAUGCAACCCCACCUCCAAGAACCACAGCCACAAUUAGUAUUACUUUUGUCUUUCCUCCUGUCUUAACCACAUACUAUGGCAUGAGGAUGACAUGAUAGGAUUGUUCUGUUAAAAAUUUUAAGACUGCAACUGGGUUCUCAAGUCGUGACCCUGGUUUAUUUACUAUGUGUUGUAUCUUCCCAGUCAUGCCUUGCUAUUGAAGAAGAAAUCAAAUGCAAUUUCUAGUGCAAUUUUUAAUGCUCUGCAUUCUGUGCUGCUUUCCAAACUGAACAUCUCAUUGCACAUAACCCUGGUGAGAUACUCCCCCUCCUCCACAAACCAUUGAACUGAACUUCUAAAGACAGGACAAUAUUUGACCCUUGAACCCUUUGAUGCAAUGCAUCCCACUGCUCCUUGAACUCUGUGAAACUUUUUUGUAACACCUUAACCCAGUUUGUUUUUCUAUCCAAAUCAUUAGCAGUUUCCCUCUUGUAUGAACAGCUAAAUGAAUGAAGACCAGAAUGAGAAAGUUCUUGUCAAAUGUUGAAUGUUAUAAUUAUUUUUCUGUGGAAUCUUGAAUGAAAAAGCAUAAUUUGCACGGCUGUGUAAGAUAAUUAUUUUAUUACAGGGGUCCCUGGUUUCAUUGGUUAAAUUGACUGUCAAAAUCAAAGACUAGGUAGUAAUAGAACUGAUGUCACCAUAAAUACCAAAUGUUACAUUACAGUGAGGGCGCCACUUAGUUGGAACAUCACUUUUCAUCUUUAUCUGUACAGUUAUAAAGCCGAGACCAAUCUUUAUUUCCAGUAGCUUAU